CUAAUAUUUAUUGUUUAGAGCUGUACGGUCUUCAGCCUGGCGUGCGUCAUGACGUCACAGUGUGUCGUAGUAGGUAAUGACGUAAAAAGGAGAGUGCAGUCGGUGACCGGGCGGAAAGAGGGCGAGCGUCCUGCACGAGGACAGGUGAAUCACCAUGACAGCAGAGCCAGGUGAAGCCCCGCCCCUUGAGGCAGAGUCUUUCCCUGAAGCUGCCGCCCACUCCACGCCAAAACAGGGAGGGGAGCUAGCUCGGAGCUCAUUGGCUGAGGACUCGAGCAGUCACCUGUCUUCGAACAGUCGCAUCGCUCGCUCUCCGGCCAGAAACGUGCUGAGCUUUAGGACCAUGCAGACCAAGGUGACCCUGCUGGAUGGGACGCUGUUCACCUGCGUGGUGGAGAAACGAGCGCGCGGUCUUCAGCUGUUCGAGAAAGUUUGUGAACACCUCAACCUGUUGGAGAAAGACUACUUUGCUCUGUCCUUUAGAGACGCAGACAACAACAAGAACUGGUUGGAUCCUGCCAAGGAGAUCAAGAAGCAGGUCAGAGGUGUUCCCUGGAACUUCUUCUUUAAUGUGAAGUUCUACCCUCCGAACCCGGCCCAGCUGUCUGAGGACCUUACCAGGUACUUCCUGUGUUUGCAGCUCAGACAGGACAUCGUCUCCGGACGUCUUCCUUGCUCCUUUGCGACUCACACUGUCCUCGGUUCCUACACGGUCCAGUCGGAGCUCGGAGACUACGAUCCCGAUGAAUGCAGUCAGGACUACGUCAGCCAGUUGUGUUUCGCUCCAAACCAAACCAAAGAGAUGGAGGCAAAGAUCAUGGAGCUGCACAGAACCCUCAGAGGAAUGAGUCCGGCUGAGGCGGAGAUGCACUUCCUGGAGAAUGUAAAGAAGCUCUCAAUGUACGGCGUGGACCUGCAUCACGCCAAGAUGGCAGGAAGCCGCUUUGACUGCUUAUCUGCUAAGUCAGAGGACUCGGAGGGCGUGGCCAUCAUGUUGGGCGUGUGCAGCAGCGGCCUCCUGGUCUACAGAGACCGACUGAGGAUCAACAGGUUUUCAUGGCCGAAGAUCCUGAAGAUCUCCUAUAAAAGGAACAACUUUUACAUCAAAAUCCGACCUGGAGAGUUUGACCAGUUUGAGUCCAUCAUUGGUUUCAAGCUGCUGAACCACAGAGCGGCCAAGCGGCUGUGGAAGGUCUGCGUGGAGCAUCACUCCUUCUUCAGGCUGCUGUCUCCCGAAGAGCCGCCCAAGAAGUUUCUGUCGCUGGGUUCCAAGUUUCGCUACAGCGGUCGCACCCAGAUCCAGAGCCGCAGAGCCAGCUCCCAGAUAUCCCGGCCGGCUCCCAACUUCCCACGAUGCAUCAGCAAGAGGAGCCUGUUGAGCCGCAGCCUGGAUGGAGAUAUGGGCUCAGGACUCUACGGAGCAUCUAAAGCCAUCGCCGUUAGUGACCACAUCACCACGGUAACACCUGAGAGGAGGCUGCAGGACAGCAGGGCGGAGCCAGUUGAGGAGGCUCUGUUGCUUCUGGUGGAGGAGGCGUCAGAGGAGCAGCAGCCGAAGGAGAAGGAGAUGAAAGUUACUGAGGUUUCUCCAGAAAGUCCACCGACUCCACAGAAACAGGACACCAAGACUGAGCUGACUGACACAGCUGUUGAUGGCGACCUCACAAUAACUGAGUCUGAUCAGGAUGAAGAUCUGAAAACUCAGGAGACGUUGGGAAGUCCUGAGGAGAACGUUCAGACCACCAUCAGUGCUCUGAGACGCUCCUUCUUGGAGGGAGACCAAGGAGGAGGCGGAAUGACGGAGUGGGAAAAACGUCUGGCCUCGUCUCCACUGAGGAGAGCCAACGACGCUCCGAUGAUCGAACCUCUGGAGCCGGAGGAGCCCAAACCCUCGUUUGAUGAGAUGUCUCCAGAACUCACCGCUCUGCUGAAGUCCGCCAGGGAACAAGAGACCUUCAGAGAACACAACCUGCUUAAGACAUCAGAGAAAGUGGAGACAGUCUUCAUCGUCCCAGAGUCCAUGGAGCAGGACCAGCCCGCCACAGAGCACUAUAAGGAGGUCCCAGUGAUGAGGAAGACUCUGACAUACGAAGCUCCAGGGAGUCAAGUGGACUCUGAUCCCCCCGCUGGUCUCCUGCUGAGCUCCCAGACCUUCACUGCAGAGACUUCCAACACCACCACCACCACUCACAUCACCAAGAUGGUGAAAGGAGGAGUUUCAGAAACCAGAGUGGAGAAAAGAAUUGUGAUCUCUGGAGAGACAGAAGAAGACCAUGAACAGGCCCUGGCGGCUGCUCUCAGCGAGGCUCGGAGGCAGCAUCCCGAACUGUCCGUUACCAGAGUCGUUGUCCAUAAAGAAACAGAGGUCUCUCCCGAUCACAUGGCCAAUCAGUGAUGUCACAGGAAUGAAUGUCGAAGCCCCUCCAUCAUUCUGGGACAUUGAGUCCACAGCCAGGAGCCGCCAUCACCAGCCUAGUGUGGACUCUGAUCCCAGCUGGAGUGGAGGAUGCACACCACCCAAGCACAUAUGAAUGCAUGUACGAGCCCCCCCAAGAGACCCCCCCCCAACUGCUUCAGGAGGCCCCCUAAUUGGCCAGUUGACUCAAGCCUACUCCUGACUGCGAUAGUUCGAACCUGCCACACCUGCUAAGAAGCUUUUAUUGUGAAAAUCCUCGCUCGCUCAGCUGCAGCUCAGCCAAGUAUUUACCCACGAUGCAACAGGAUGUGCCAUAGAAUCCAGCAUUUCCUCUAAUAAGCAGAGGCGACCCUGAUGGGUUGAAGUUAUCAUGAACUCGGGCAGCUUGAACAUCUGACCUGUAGAUUCUGUGUUAGAUGUUCAGUGGGAAAUCCUUUCAAAUAAAAGCCCGACUCAGAGCAGGAAGCUGUUGAAAUGGACUCUUAUUUUGAAGCUCUGCAGGAAGUAUGUAGUGGUUAGUAACCCCUUUAUGUAGAAACUAGUUUCUUCACUGUUCAGUUCAACUAGUUUAACCAGUAUGUAGUUUAUUCCUCUUCUUUUCUUGCUGCAUUUUCACAAACAGCUCUUCUGUUUCUACCUACUUUAUUCUGGACCUCCAGAACAAACUGUUCAAGUCUUCCUGGGUCUGUCUCCAUGGGAACA